AUGCGGCCCAUUCUUCUUGCCGGGCACGAGCGUGCGCUCACCCAGAUUCGAUACAACCUCGAUGGCGACCUCAUCUUCUCCGUCGCCAAGGACCAGCAGAUCUGCGCCUGGUUCUCUCACAACGGCGAGCGUCUCGGAACCUACCACGGCCAUGUCGGUGCCAUCUGGACCGUCGACGUCGACCCUACCUCGACCAUGAUCGCCUCGGGCUCCGCCGACAACACCAUCCGCCUCUGGGAGGUCAAGACCGGUCGCCUCAUCAAGACCUGGGAGUUCCCCACCGCCGUCAAGCGAGUCGAGUUCAACGAGGACGGCACCAAGCUGCUAGGUGUCACCGAGAAGCGUAUGGGUUACCUCUCCAACAUUGUCGUCGUCGACAUCAACCCCGACGUCAACGCCGAGCAGAGUGACGAGAAGGUCCUGACCAUCGUCUGCGACGAGAGCAAGGCCACCGUCGCUGGCUGGAGCGCCAUGAGCAAGUACAUCAUUGCUGGCCACGAGGAUGGCAGCGUGAGCCGAUACGAUGCCAAGACCGGUGACCUGCUAGACAACGUCCCCGUCCAUGAGCUUAACCAGCCCAUCGUCGACCUCCAGUGGUCUCCUGACCGAACCUACUUCAUCACCGCCUGCAAGGACAAGACUGCCAAGCUCAUCUCUGCCCGCGACCUCGAGGUUCUCAAGACAUACGUCGCCGAUACUCCCCUAAACAGUGCUACCAUCACCCCCAAGAAGGACUUUGUCAUCCUCGGUGGUGGUCAGGCCGCCAUGGACGUCACCCGAACCUCUGCCCGUCAGGGUAAGUUCGAGGCCCGCUUCUACCACAAGAUCUUCGAGGACGAGAUCGGCCGUGUGCGAGGCCACUUCGGUCCCCUCAACACCGUCGCCGCCGACCCCACCGGCAAGAGCUACGCAAGCGGCGGAGAGGACGGCUACGUUCGAGUUCACCACUUCGACAAGGGCUACUUCGACUUCAACUACGAGGUCGAGAGGGAGCGGUUGAACCGAAUGCAGUAG